AGAAGAAGAAGAAGAAGAAGAAGAAGAAGAAGAAUCUUUGAUUUGAUUGACACUUUCUUUGAUGAAUUCAAGGCAACAAGUUCGGGAGAAAAGAUGCCUACUCUUUAAUCUGUCUUCUUCUUCCUCCUGAGAUAUUUCAUAUAACUUCCCAUUCCUUGAUACAAUAAAAGAGAUCUUCGAAAAUCAUUAUUAUCUUUCUCUCCAAUCUUCAAUGAGAUAUCGAAUGAUAUCGGAAGCACAUCAAAAUUUUGAAAUCUACAAUGUCAUGGCAACAACACCAUGAUAAGAUAAAAAAACGAGAUUGUUCGUCAUCUCUGAUCCAAAACUACAGAUUGAAGCGUGCAGUCUUAGUCACCAAAGAGUGUUUCACAAUCCAAAGAAGACUCCGUUUCUGCUAGAAAACUCGCUGCCACAAGGUAAGGAAGUAUUGGAGAAGAAAGAUAAGAGGAGAAAAGCGCCUAGAGUUCCAAAAAUGCCUCAUGCUUUGCCGCAAAAUUUGCCUGAUCCGUCUUGUAGUCCCUUUUCAGAGAAAAUGGAUCGAGGCAGAGUCAAAUCUCACAGGAGAAGAAGAGCUUCAAGUUACUGGCUAUAAGUUUGGAAGCAUGGACGCUGCUUGUAAUGGUAGUUUCAUGGAGAUUGAAGCUCAUUCUAGAGGUAAAAGUCAUGGCGGAUGCAUAAUUGGAAUUAGAACUCGUUUAAAGGAUGUCAGAAAUGGCUUAGCUAUUUCUAAAGAACUCGUUAAUGUCUUGGAUCGAGUUUGUGAUUUCGAAGACCGACACUCGUCGAUCAUGUCAUUAGUCUCGGCGUUACAUGAUGAACUUAACCGAGCUCGAAUCAAUGUUGAUCGAUUGAUUCGAGAUCAACGAUCUAAUCGCAAUGGAAUCGAGUAUCUCAUGAGGCAUUUCGCCAAAGAAAAGGAUGCAUGGAAGAAGAGAGAGCGUGAGAGAAUCCGCAAUGCCAUAGCGUGCAUCGCGGAAGAGCUCGAAGUGGAGAAGAAACUCAGGAGGCAAACUGAGAGAUUGAACAAGAAGCUCGGAAAGGAAUUGGCUGAUACAGCUGCAUCACUAUCCAAGGCAAUGAAGGAGCUCGAAAGGGAGAAGAGAGCAAAACAGAUUUUAGAGCAAUUAUGCGAAGAGUUGGCUCGAGGUAUCGGAGAAGAUCGAGCUACAAUCGAAGAACUGAAACGAGAGUCGGCUGAAGAAAAGGAAGAAAUGGAGAAGGAAAGGGAAAUGCUUCGGUUUGCCGAUGUGUUACGCGAGGAACGAGUCCAGAUGAAGCUCUCCGAAGCUAAAUAUCAUUUCGAGGAGAAGAAUGCAGUCGUCGAAAAGUUGAGGAAUGAACUUGAGACCUACCUAGGAACCAAACUUGACGAAGAAAAUGGUGAUGGUUCACUGAAUAUGCAGAGGAUCAAACAGCUCGAAGUUUAUUUGAAGAAGAUCGAUUUCGGUUCCGGUCAAAUGGUUGAGAAAGUUGCCGAUAAAGUCGAUGUUAUCGGUAGAGAAGAGUGCGAAGCAGAUGAUUCAGGUGAUAAUGAUCUUCACUCCAUUGAAUUAAACAUGGACGACAAUGACAUGAGCUACAAAUGGAGUUAUGUUAGCGGAAAUUAUGUUGAAGGUGGAUCAAAGAAGAUUCCAAUUGAAAAGGAAAAUAAGAGGAAAUCACUUUCUGAGAUGAUUUCAUGGGGAAGUAUUUGCUUAGAAAAAGGAAGUUCAAACUCUAAAGAUCUGGAUUUUGGCCUUGAAACCCCAGAAAAGUUUGACCAACAAAUACACCAACACGAACACGGUAACGAAGAGAUCAGUAAAGAGUCUUAGAGAUCACAUAUUAUCUAGUAAUAGGAUAGCUCCCAUCCAAAGCUUUCCAAGUCUGACCCGCCAACGGAGCCGGUCCAUGCAUUCCGAGGAGCCUAAGUUCGUUGGCAAAAUAAGUGAAGGCCGAAGCUAAGAGAGAAGAGAACAUGUUUAUUUGUUUUUUCUUUUACCUCUCUUGAGUAUUGCUAUGUUGCAUUUUCUUGAAUUUGAGGGCUGUUCUUUUUGCUUACGUUUGAAUCAAU